CCUACAACUACCUCUUCAUGUACAACUCUCAUCUUCGAUUCAACCACAACUUCUGAGAGGGUUGCCAUUGUGCGUAGUGAUACUGUUCGUAGGCCUGCGCGAAGCAGUGCAUAGCCGGCAGAAUGUCUAAGAUCGACAAAAUGAGUAUCCUGGGCAUCCGCUCAUUCAGCGACAAGAAGUCCCAGUCGAUACACUUCACUGGGCCUCUUACUCUGAUCGUAGGGUGGAACGGUUCUGGAAAGACAACUAUCAUUGAAUGCCUCAAAUAUGCUACGACUGGCGAGCUGCCUCCCAACAGCAAAACCGGCGGAGCAUUCAUUCACGACCCGAAGCUUGCCGGCGAGAAGGAGGUCAUGGCAGAAGUCAAGAUGUCAUUUCGAUCCACGUCAGGAGCUCGUAUGGUGAAGACCACACGAAGCCAAAAGGCGCUAGAAGGCUCCCUUAUGAUCCACAAGGACGGCGAAAAGACAUCUGUCUCAACACGAUACCUUGGUGUUUCUAAAGCUGUUCUAGAGAAUGUCAUCUUCUGUCACCAAGACGAGAGCUUAUGGCCUAUGAGCGAACCUUCGAAAUACACCAAAGCGAUUGAAAACAUCAAGAUCAUCGAGCAACACGCCAAAGAAGACAAGGACAAGGGCGAUCGCUCAGAGAAGCGACAGGCUGAUCUGUACGACCAGAUCACCGAAUUACAUGACAAAGCAGAGACUGUAGAGCGACAGGCUGAAGAAGCCGAGAUCCAAACCAAAGACUCAUUCGCGCAUGCCGCCAAGUUCGAGCAAGUAGUAGCACAGCUCAACGGCAAACGGAUAACCCUGGAAGCCAAUUUACAGAGCGUUAAAUCGCUGGAACAUAAUCUGAAGCAAAUGGCAGAAAGCGAAGAAGAACUUGAAUCAAUGCUUGAGAAGUACGAAGAGCGCGUGGGAGUAUAUGAGAAGCAACAGGAGACUCUGCGUGCGCAAUAUGCUAAAGUCAAGCAUGACCAGGAAGAUAUUCGCAGAUCAUUGGGCCUGAAACAAUCAGAAAUCGGAAAAUAUGAGGCGCAGAAGGAAGAACAUGAGCGGCAGAUUGAGAAGAGGGAAACGCUCGUUCAACAAGGGUCAAAACGUCAUGGCAUUCGCGGAUACGAUUAUGAAGUAACGGGAAAGCAGGCCCAGGAGUUCAUUGAGAUCCUGGAUAAACUAUCAAGAGAUCAGAGUCGAGCACUUGAACGAGCUCGAACGGAGGCUCAGGAGGAAUUGCGAAAUGCCCAAAAGGCAGUCAACCAACUCAAUGAACGCAAAUCGGCCCUCGUUCAGAGUAAAGAAAUUUCGCGUGCCCAAACCACGUCCAACGAUGCCAAAAUCUCGGGCUUUCAGCGGUCGCUAGAUCAGAUAAAGAUCGAUGAAGGUGGCGAGGCUACCCUGAACGAGAGAAAACAAGAGACCGAGAAGCGACUGAAAACCGCAAUUGACGAGGCAGAGUCUAGCAGGUUCGAUGCUCGUAUUCAAGAAGCUGACGACAUCGUGCGGAAUCUCGACAUCACAAAAGAACGUCUAGAUGCCGAGCUCGUCGAUGCUACUCGACUGGCACGAGAUUCGGCGCAAAUUGACUACGCGCAAGAUGAGUUGAAAGGAGCAAAACACGGUCUAGCGACCAUGACGAAAGUACAUGGAGCAAAAUUGUCGGAGCUUAUCGAUUCCAACUGGGAUGAAGCCACUUUGCAAACGUCCUUCGACCAGGUGGUUGAUGGAAAGGGCGAGAAGGUCAGGGAAGCCGAACAGCGACGCGAUGUAGCCCAGACCAAGCUUGACAAGAUUAACUUCAGAAUGUCAUCGUUAGAAUCCGACCAGAAGAAGAAACGUUCAGAUCUUCAAAAAUACGAGAAAAGCGUUCGCGAUGCCAUUGGCCAGGACGAAAUUUCUGAGUUCGACGAAUAUCUGGAGAACCUUGAAAGAGAUUACGAAAUGUCAACCACAGAUCAGGCCAAAUUCCAGGCACAGGUUGAUUAUAUGCGGUCUUGCCUGAAGACAGCUCAGGAUGACGAUGUCUGUCGCCUUUGCAGAAGGUCAUUACAAGACAACAAAGCCCAACAUUUCUCGAGAGCAGGCUUCAUUGCGAGUAUCGAGGGCAUCAUUGACAAAGCCCAGAAGAACGCGCAGACCAUAGAUAAUGUUGACGAAUUGUUCGCUCAACUGGAAACGGUACGCAGUGCAAAACCGAGCUACGAUCUGGCCGUCCGCUUGCGAGACCUCGAGCUUCCAGCUAUUCAAUCGGAAUUAGGAGAGCACGACGGAAUUAUCCACGAAUUGCAGUCGGAGAAGCAGAACAUUGAAUCCUUGUCUAAAGAUGAGCAGGAGCUCGUUAAAAAGAUCCAGACUCUCACGGAAAAGCAAAAGGCAGCUGGCUUGUCACGGGGCAUCGAUGCGAUUCAAGCAGAAUUGAAGAAAAUCAGUGAAGAAGCCAGGGCAGCAAAAACAACAUUGAGCCAACACACGACGGAGCGGGAAAAGUCGCGGAACCUCAUUCACAACCUCGAGGUCAAGAUCAGGGAUGUCAACGCAGAGUUGAGCAGCGCCCAAACUAAACUCAAGGAAAAGCGUGCUCUUGCAGAUCGCAUAGAGGAAUUAAGAACGCACAACAACGAUCAAUGGGAGAUAAUUCGUAAGAAUGACCAGGAAAUCCAAAGUCUGACUCCUCAAAUAGAGCAGGCGGAGAUUGCAUAUGAGAGCGUCGAGCGCCGUACUUCAGAGCGGAACAACCGCUUGCAGGAGGAAGCCUCACGGUUAUCGGACACUGUGCGUUUGUUGCGCGAAACUGACCAGAUCAUCAAUGCAUAUAUCGACCGGAAGGGGCCGCAACAACUUGCCAGAACGCAAGCGGAGAUCCAGAGUCUCAAUGAUGAUCUUGAGCGGAUGGAUGAGGAAAUUCUUAGCGUUACUCGGCAAGUGAAAAAGAUCGAAGACACCCUCCGCGAUACUGAUAAUACCAAACGCUCUAUCAGCGACAAUCUUCAUUAUCGCAAGGCAAAAGCAUCUCUGCAAGGACUCCGCAGUGAGAUUCGAGAAUUAGAAUCUCAGAACGCUGAGAACGAUAAGGAGCGAUAUGAGCGGGACGGAGAGCGAUGGCGAAACGAAUGGAACCGUCUGAGCACCGAGAAAGCAGCCAUAUACGCAACGCUCAAGACUAAAGACGAUCAAUUAGCCGAGCUAAUUGAGGAGUGGAAGACUGAAUACCAAGAUGCUGCUCUCAAGUAUCGCGAAGCUCAUAUCAAGGUUGAGACGACAAGGGCGGCAGUGGAGGAUCUUGGACGGUAUGGCGGCGCUUUGGACAAAGCGAUCAUGAAAUAUCACACGCUGAAAAUGGAGGAGAUCAACCGCAUUGCGGAGGAGCUAUGGAAGAAUGCAUACCAAGGAACCGAUGUCGAUACAAUCAGAAUUCGAUCCGACAACGAAACUGCAAAAGGCAAUCGUUCCUAUAACUACCGCGUCGUCAUGGUCAAACAGGAGACUGAAAUGGAUAUGCGAGGCCGUUGCAGUGCGGGACAGAAGGUUCUUGCAAGUAUCGUCAUUAGACUUGCUUUGGCCGAAUGUUUCGGCACCAAUUGUGGUCUCAUCGCCCUGGACGAACCAACCACAAACCUUGAUCAGCAAAACAUCCAAGGCCUUGCUCGUUCUUUAUCUGAGAUCAUCAAGGUUCGCCGAAGACAAGCCAACUUCCAAUUGAUCGUUAUUACCCACGACGAACAGUUCCUGAGGGAGAUGAAUUGUGGAGAUUUUGCGGAUAUCUAUUGGCGGGUGGAUCGAAAUGAGAACCAGACCUCCAAGAUUGAGCAACAAAGCAUUUCAGAGGUUGUAUAA